AUGUCAAAUGUUUCAUUGUAUCCACAGAGUAACUAAUCUGAAAUCUGACAUUAUAUCCCUGAUCCCUGAUUUUUUUUCAGUUACUAAAGUGUUUGAAAUGUUCUUUUUAAUCAACAUUGUUAUUCGAAAAAAAAUGUCGUUAACCUGACAGAACUAUGCAAUCUCACACAAAAUAUUUUAAUCAUGUAUCACAGGAUUUGCAUGGUAUCUGACUUUUUUUUCCCCAAUAUGGGAGGAGUCGAAGAGCACAUUUACAACUUGUCGCAGUGCCUUCUACUCCGUGGUCAUAAAGUUGUUAUGGUAACCCACAGUUACGGCGAUAGGAUAGGAGUUCGAUACAUGACGAAUGGAUUGAAGGUCUACUACCUACCGAUAAGAGUAUUCUACAAUCAGUGCGUGCUUCCAACGAUGAUAUGCAACAUACCACUCAUAAGGUAUGUUCUCGUGAGGGAGAGGAUUGAUAUAAUUCAUGGACAUUCAGCAUUUUCAGCUUUGGCACAUGAAGCGAUGCUGAUUGGAAAUCUGAUGGGAUUGAAGACGGUUUUCACAGACCACAGCCUAUUUGGAUUUGCUGAUGCCAGUGCUGCCAUUACAAAUAAGUUCAUCCAAAUCACUCUCUCAGAUUGCAACCAUUGUAUUUGUGUUUCUCACACCGGUAAAGAGAAUACUGUGUUACGAGCCAAAGUAGAUUCAAAAAGAGUUUCCGUCAUACCUAAUGCUGUCGAUACUUAUUCUUUUACUCCAGAUCCAAGUCAAAGAAUAAAAAACCAAAGUGAGUUUUUCAUACCCAAUAAUUGUGACUGUUCAAAAUUCCCAGUGAACGUCAAGAAGAAAAUGUUACUUGAAGAAAUUCGUGAAAGAAGAGGUCUUCAAGAUCGGGUGACAUUAUUGGGAAGCCUAGAACAUUCACAAGUGAGGAAUGUUUUGGUUAAAGGGGACAUCUUUUUGAAUACUUCAUUAACUGAGGCAUACUGUAUGGCCAUUGUCGAAGCUGCUUCUUGUGGACUGAAAGUUGUCUCUACAAGAGUCGGUGGAAUUCCUGAAGUUUUGCCAGAGGACCUGAUAUAUUUGACAGAACCAAAUGUUCCUUCUUUACUCAAAGGUACAAGAUUCAAUAGGUUUACUUUUUUGCAUUCACGUCAGCAUACAUUAACUCUCACAACAUAAACCCUUCAAUGGCUA